GCUCGCCGGGGUAGCUGGGCUCGGCGGGACAUGACCGUGCUGCGCUCGCCGCGCGCUCAGCCCUGCUGCUAGCCCUCUCGCCCGCUGCCUGCCCGUCGCCUCGGAGCCCAGCCGGGCCUGCGCCCGCCCGCCCGCCCGCCCGCCCGCCGGCGCGCUCGCACCGCUGCAGUCAUGGGGCUGCAGCCCUUGGAGUUUAGCGACUGCUACCUCGACAGCCCGUGGUUCCGGGAGAGGAUCCGCGCGCACGAAGCGGAGCUCGAGAGGACCAACAAGUUCAUCAAAGAGCUCAUCAAGGACGGGAAGAACCUUAUCGCUGCCACCAAAAGUCUGUCUGCGGCCCAGCGGAAGUUUGCCCACUCGCUCAGGGACUUCAAGUUCGAGUUUAUCGGGGAUGCGGAGACGGAUGAUGAGCGCUGCAUAGACGCUUCCUUACGGGAAUUCUCCAACUUUUUGAAGAAUCUGGAAGAACAGAGAGAGAUCAUGGCAUUAAGUGUUACCGAAACCCUGAUUAAACCCUUGGAAAAAUUCAGAAAAGAACAGCUCGGAGCGGUAAAGGAAGAAAAGAAGAAGUUUGACAAAGAGACGGAAAAGAAUUACAGCCUGAUCGACAAACACUUGGCUCUCUCUGCCAGGAAGAAAGACUCACAUUUGCAGGAGGCAGAUCUCCAAGUGGAGCAGACCCGGCAGCACUUCUAUGAACUCUCUCUUGAAUAUGUGUGCAAGCUGCAGGAAAUCCAAGAAAGAAAGAAGUUCGAGUUUGUGGAACCCAUGCUGUCCUUUUUUCAGGGGAUGUUUACUUUCUAUCAUCAGGGUCAUGAACUUUCCAAAGACUUCAAUCACUACAAAAUGGAGCUGCAGAUCAACAUCCAGAAUACGCGGAAUCGAUUUGAGGGAGCCAGGUCAGAAGUGGAGGAGCUUAUGAAUAAAAUCAGACAGAAUCCCAAGGAGCACAAGCGAGCCAGCCAGUUCACGGCGGAAGGCUACCUGUACGUCCAGGAGAAAAGGCCGGCUCCAUUUGGGUCCAGUUGGGUCAAACACUAUUGCAUGUAUCGGAAAGCAGCCAAGAAAUUCAACAUGAUCCCGUUUGAGCACAGGUCUGGGGGGAGACUGGGGGAUGGAGAGGUGUUCUUCUUGAAAGAAUGCACCAGAAGGCACGCCGACUCCAUUGACAGGAGGUUUUGCUUUGACCUCGAAGCUGCUGACAGGCCUGGAGUCCCCUUGACCGUGCAGGCGUUUUCAGAGGAGGAGAGGAAGCAGUGGCUGGAAGCCCUGGGUGGAAGAGAAGCUCUGUUCCAUACUUUUAAUAGAGCCAUCAUCCCGAGACCAGAAGGAGGUGCACAGUUGGAUACGUUGGGAUUCACAAUUCUCAGGAAAUGCAUCAGUGCUGUUGAGACACGAGGUAUAAAUGACCAAGGAUUGUACAGAGUUGUGGGGGUGAGUUCAAAGGUCCAGAGACUUCUGAGUAUGUUGAUGGAUGCAAAAACAUGCAAUGAGCUGGACCUGGAGAAUUCUGUAGAUUGGGAAGUGAAGACAGUGACAAGUGCCUUGAAACAGUAUUUGAGGAGUCUUCCAGAACCUCUUAUGACCUAUGAGUUACAUAGAGACUUCAUUGUUCCAGCCAAAAGUGGCAGCCCCGAGUCCCGUGUUAAUGCCAUCCAUUUCUUGGUACACAAACUGCCAGAGAAGAAUAAGGAGAUGUUGGAUAUCUUGGUGAAGCACCUAACCAAUGUGUCAAAUCACUCGAAACAGAAUCUAAUGACCGUGGCAAAUUUAGGAGUGGUGUUUGGACCAACUCUGAUGCGACCACAGGAAGAAACUGUUGCUGCCAUCAUGGAUUUGAAGUUUCAGAAUAUUGUCGUAGAAAUCUUAAUUGAAAACCAUGAGAAGAUAUUUCGGACCUCGCCAGAUACUGCAUUUCCUGAGCCCCCCUGCCUGUCAGCUUCACCUCCAAACGCUCCACCGCGGCAGUCAAAGAGACAGGGGCAGCGGACGAAGAGGCCAGUGGCUGUGUAUAACCUUUGUCUUGAGCUGGAAGAUGGGGAUAGUUGCAGCCCUGUCAAGGAGGACACCGCCACCAGCAGUCAGGACUCAUUGUCCACCCCAUCUCCCACAACCUCAGCUGCCCAUGGGCCCUCUGGGCCAGAUGGAAACCACCUUGCAGCAGAUGGAGGGCACUGUGGAGACUCGACAGCUACUACGCCAAGCCAGCCCCGGCCACCUAUGGUGCAGUGGCUAAAUCUGCAGUCUGCAGCCGCAGCAAGCUCCACCCCAGCCGGCACACCUCCUUCCCCCGGGAUGCCACAUUUCCCCCUGUCUCUUGCGGCCUCCAUUGUAGACAAGCUGCCCGAAUGCGUCAUCAAUCGCAAAGCCCGUGCAGUGUACCCUUGUGAGGCAGAGCACAGCUCGGAAUUGUCCUUUGAAAUAGGAGCCAUUUUUGAGGAUGUUCAGACCUCAAGGGAACCUGGCUGGCUUGAAGGAACCCUGAACGGCAAAAGAGGGCUGAUUCCACAGAAUUAUGUCAAGCUGCUGUAGCUCCUGCCUCGGGGGCUCCCGCUGAUCCUGGCACCCAUGCACCAGCCUGGAAAUAGCACCCAAAUGCUACCGUCACGCUCAGGAACUGCAGAUCACCACGGGCACUCCAGAGCUGGAGAGGGAAUGGAGCUUGCCACCUAGGGCUGUGCAGACGUGCAGGAGAGCAUGCCCAGCAUUGGUAGAGUGGAUUCCCAUCUGGCAGGCAUGGGGGCUUGCAAGUUUUAACUCUACAGCCUGUGGAGCGGGGAGGGCAGGGCCCCGCUGGUGAUGUCACUGCCAGGCAUGGAAGGACCCGCUCUCCAUGCCCCUGCUGUUGGGUUUUCAUGGGAUACCUGCUACCUUCACAUUGUGUGUCCAAGGCGCAUGUGGCCUUGCGGGUGCAGGGCAGUUGGUCCCAGCCUGGAGGGAAGCAAAGAGAGGCUUGGUCAGUGUAUGCCUUCCUGCCUGCCCCCUCCGGCUCCCACAGCCUGCUCACUGGCAGCUGCACCAAGCUCGUCUGAGUGCUUGCAAUGGCCUCUUCCGUGUGCUCAUCCAGGUGCUGCUCGCCCAUGCCACCUCGUUGCCACAAGGCCCCUCUGUAAAUGAAAUAAAGUGUAAUUUACUA